AUGAAAACACUUGAAAAGGUUUGCAUCUUAAUAAUGGAAUUCCUAAAAGGUAAGAGAAAAGAUUGUAAGUGCAAAAAAUAAAAGAAGGCUAGAGAUUCUAACUUUUUAAUUGAUGGUGAGGAUGCAAAUAAUUUUUUAACAGCUUGUGAUGGAGAAAUAUUUGAGAGCAAAGAAAUCUAUGAGUCUGAAUAAGCGAAAAGGAAGAUGGAGGAAGAGAGUGGCUACAAGAAGAUUCCUAAAAAAUCUGAAUAUGACGAUUUAAUCAGAUUGGCACAUGGGAAUAUGCACUUAGGCUAAAACGCUUUAGAAAGUGAGGUUUAUAAGCACUAUUGGUUUCCAAAUAUGAGAGUGUAUAUUAAGAACUUCAUAGAUGAAUGUCCCAUUUGCUCUCUAAAGAAGCCAACAAUGAAAUUGAAAAAACCACCUUCUCUUGUUUUAUAUGAAGAGUAUCCUUUAGAUAGAAUUUAAGCAGAUCUUGUUGAAUUAUCUCAGUUCUUAGUUAAGGAUGAGCAGUAUAAGUAUCUAAUCACUAUUAUUGAUCAUCACUCGAAAUGA